AUGAUCUACGUUGUUAAACUGUUGCUGGUUGCGAUGAUUACAAUUAGAGUUUGCUCGUCCAAUUGCACCGAUAGUGAUUCCGCCGAUCGUUCCCGUAUAAAACGUUGGCUCACAUUCAGCCCAAACGGCGGGACUGCCAAGAUCGUUAUUGGUUGCAUAGUGCCGAUUCGGUUUGCACACAAACUGUUCCGCCAGCUCAACAUGAUUGUGAACCUGCAGGCCAAUUAUAAUAUUCCUCAAACACUUAUCUGGCCCGUUCCAGAAAGUAUUUUCAAAUCCCGCCUCAACGACGAGUACGUUGAUCACAGUCGAGGACAAUUGUACCAGUUGCUAGAAGCUAAACUCGAUAGCUGGGGCAGCGAUGGACGCGAAUGUCUCCUAAGGACAAUUUGUGAAGUAGCUGAAGCACCACUGAGCCAUAAUGGCAUGAUGGGAGAAAUUUUAGACGUCAUAUUUACGCCGUACGAAGUGGAACCAAUCGCUGACGUUUACCUACAAGCAAAGCGACAAGGAAACAGUGGUGCUAAUUGUGGUCAAAUAUAUCAGAAAUGUCCCACUGGGCGCGGGUUGUUAGAAUGGAUUUCCGUUAUAAAUUUCAUGUAA